AUGAGGCGGCUCUUCGUGGCCAGUGCGUUGCUCCUGUUGAGCGCCACGAACCGAGGAGCGACGGGCCAACAUGAAGGAUGCCACCGAGCCAGCUCUCGACAGGUUGGAGCCGGUUUUGGAUAUUACCCAUACGGCGGUGCAUCACAGUAUGGGUACGGGGGACAGCCCGGUGGAGUAAACCUGUUCGACACGGUGACUAAGAACACGGCGGCCGUGUUCAACGAUGUCAACAAACAGAUCACUCAUACCUUCAAUGCUGUGGCACGGCCACUUGGCUUUGGAUUCGUUCCUGGGGUCGGUGGGAUGCCGGGCUACGGAGGAACCUAUGGGGGAGGCUAUGGCCACCACGAUUCCCGGCCAGGCGGUCACCCAAUGGGAUUCGUUCCACCUGGAAACGGAGGCCACAACUAUCCCCACGGAGGCCACUAUGGUCCAGGAUCCGGAUUCCAUGGCCAUGGCCAUCGCCCCUGGGGCAAUGGUUACGGUUGGGACCAUUGGAACCAGGAAGGUUCGCCGGAUCUUGGUCCGGGACCUGUUGCACUACCACCUCCACCACUACCACCACCAGCGGCUCCAGCAAAGCCCGUUGUUCCUGUGAACAUUCCCCCGGUAGCACCGGCACCGCCAGCACCGGCCGUUCCGAUUAGUCCUCCAGCAGCUCCAGCUCCUCCGCCGGCACCACCAGCACCACCGGCACCACCAGCUCCACCAAUGGCACCCACUCUUGACAAUAGCUGGAGUCUGGACAAUUUGUCUCCAGCCGUAGCACCUUCGAAUCCUCCUGUGGCGCCUCCAGCACCGGAUAGUAACAGUUGGACCCCGGACAAUACUCCCCCAGUUCCAGCACCACCACCGCCGCCGCCACCACCACCAUCCAAUCCUUCUCCGGUACCGGCGGCACCGAAAGCGGGCACACCGGAAGAUGAGGACGACAAAGCGAUCUACGACAUCGACAUUCGGGCAGAUUUCGACAAAGUGCCCAAGAUGUCCCGCCGCAAACGUCAGUUCUUUCCGAAUCUGUUCAACCAAAUCGGUGGGUUGGUCGGUACGGCCGUGAACUCGGCCGGCAAUCUGGCGCAGGGAGCCUUCAAUCCGGGACAGACAGCGGGCGGGUUUCCCAACUUCUUCCAGGGACUUCAGCAGCCACCGCAGCAGCAAAGACCUCAGCCAGUUCAGCCGGCACCGGCCACACAGGCACCAGCCGUCCAGCUGGCUCCCCCGAAAGCACAAAGCCCGAGCAGUAAUCCCGAGUUGAACCUCCAGACACUGGGUCAAGAUGGGACUGUUUGGACUUACGAGUCCCUGGGAGUGAAACCACCGGCGUCGCGUGUCCGUCGCGAUACAGACGCCAUCUACUUCCCGCCGGAUGACGAAGAUCAUUUCACGAAUUACAAUAAAUUACCGGUGAAACCGGUGCACCCGGUGGCGCCUGCGUCAGGGUCUCAGGCCGGAGCUCAGAGUCAGUCGCAGAACGUAGCGAACGGAUUUCAGCAGAGCAGCGGUUCCCAGACGCAAACGCAAACCGUCCAGAACCAGCACGGACAGUUUAAUCAGAACGCGGCCGGAAGUACGUCGGGCAAUGUGGCCGUCGACGGCUCGUCGGGUCAGCUGAGCGCGGCCAACACCCAGCAGCAAAACUUCCAGACGGCGCACGGUUCGGGCAGCCAGAAUCAGGCCAACAGCCAGUCGGCCAACUUUGACAACCACGGCAACCUGCAGCUGUCGAACUCGAACGCCAACACAAUGUCGAUCCGGGAAAAGGACAAGAUCAAGGAGCAGGCCAACGCGGGCUCGUCGUCGGUGGUGCAGAACCAGUUCGGUCAAUCGUCCAGCAACGCGCAGACGAAUUCGGAGACGUUCCUGGAAAAUGGCAUCCACGGGAACAAGAACACGGCUUCGAGCCAGAGUUUGCAGACGAACAAGGACGGAUCGGUGUCGGGAUCGAACAGUAAUACGAUGUCGGGUACGUUCACCGGCCCCGGCGGCCUGACCGGAUCGUCCUCGUCGAGUCAAUCGUCGAGCUUCAACAAGGGUUCCGGUGGUGCCGGUGCCGGUGCCCACACGAACUCCUGGAGUGGCGCGUCCAGUAACACCGCCUCGAGCGGGGUCUCUUCGGCCAGCUCUUCCGCCAGCUCGUUGGCCACGGGUCCGCUGGCAUUUAGCCUGAGCGGUGCCUUCUCACUCCCCCAGUUUCCGCUGCACGCAGCAUUCCCCAAGUUCUUCGGCACGCGCAUGGGCGAGGACGACGGGGACACUCCGAAGGAGGACAACCACGAGGGGGUAGAGAAAGAAUAAAA